UCUCCUCAUUGCUCUUUUUCUUUGUGUGUGUGUGAUUGAAUCUUGUUUCAGGCUAUCCUCUUCAACCGAUACAAACCCCAUUUGAGAAAAAAAAUUGAAAGAAAGAGAAGGAGCAACUUCGUAAAUGGAGGAUGAUAUAGAAGUACCCUUAAACGUAUCUUGAUCCUUCUUCACCUUAUAAGAUCGCUCUUUCCUUAAAAGAACGAUGCCUGUACCAGAUCCAGGGGCGGGUCGGGUAUUCAUAUUUCUCAUAACCUUGUUUCUCUUCCUAUCAAUAGCUGUCGGAGGAGGUUGUCUAAUUGCAUACACAAUCCUCCCUUACCCUCCAGCUUGGCUCUCUUACCUAGGCAUUUUCUUUGUAUGUCUCCCUUGGUCCUUUUGGAUCCUAACCUUUGCGUACCGCAUAGUCUCCCGCACUUUUGGGUUUAGGAUGGUCAUUGGAUCGGGUGGUAAUAACAACAAUGCGACCGGAGAGUCCAAUGCUCGUGAUAUUGAUCCUCCCGAGCAAUCUUUAGAGGCUCAUGAUGAUGAUCCUGAGGAGAUAGCUCACCAACAAGGGCAAGUUGAAGGGAACCAAUCAAAGAAAAGAAUGUCAACCUCCACGGUAGAUUCACAUGAAAGUGAGAUGCCACUAGCCAUUUCUAUGGGCUCAUGA